AUGGCUAUUAGCCAGUUUCUCCUGGCCCGUCUAGGCCGGCAUGCUUCUGCUCACUCCUACCGCGUGUUGGUUCUCGGGAUAUCAGAAACCGGUGACCGCCUCAAGGGUCUGCCAGCAAACACACGCAAACCUCCAUACUCAAUGGGAAGCUAUGAUUACUUUGUACAUUAA